CAUUCCACGUGUGCAAAGGUUAAUAGCUUCUAAGCAAAAUUAGGUUAUCAUGUCACAUUUCCACAGGAAACAAGUAAUCGCGCAAAUAUUAGACAGAAGUAAUCGGAUAUUUUUGAAGAAGAAGUUAAAAGAUUGAAAGAUUCAAAUCAUUUAAGAUAAAUACUGUGUUAUAUCUCUUACAUGUACAUAGCUUAGGUUAUUAACUUGUCAUUGAAAUUUAUUUAACAAUUUCUAAUUGAAAAAACACAAGUAUAUUGUUACAUAACUUUUUGUACCUGAUUCUGUUUCCACAAUAAAGAAAAAUUGUCAGGAAGGAGGAACAAUUUUAAAUUUAUCUUAAGGUCGCCAUAUAUAAUAGGAAAGGGAAAUUCUAUUAGUUCACCUUUAAUUGAUGAUGUUUUUAUCUAGACGAUUCUUAAAAAGAACUGCCCUUGGUAUCAUUGGAUUCGGCACACUAGCAUCUUUAAGAGCGAACGAAUAUGAUCUUGGGUCUAUAGGUAUCAUACGAUUAGGACGUGCUGCUGUUACUGUUUUCAUAAUUGGAAAACAUUAUAAAGAUGAAUUAUAUGGAAGUAAUGUGAAACCACAUACGCAAGAUUACGUAAAUUUGAAGUCGAAGGUGCAUAAAUAUGGAGCAGAGAAGCUGCUGGAGCUAUGUUGUGCAAACAAAGGUGUUUAUAUAAAAGUAGGCCAACACAUCGGUGCACUGGAUUAUCUAUUGCCACCAGAAUAUGUUCAUACGUUGAGAGUAUUACAUAGUUCUGCACCGCAGUCAUCGUUCAACGAUGUACUCACUGUAAUUAAAGAAGACUUGAAGAAAGACCCGUACGAAAUAUUUGAGAGCAUCGAACCUGAACCUUUGGGUACUGCUAGUUUAGCGCAAGUGCAUAAGGCAGUAUUAAAAAAUGGUGACGUCGUAGCUGUUAAGAUUCAGCAUCGGUCAGUCAAAACGAACUCCUACGUAGAUAUAAAAACCAUGUCGGUUCUAGUGAAAUUAACGUCAUUGGUGUUUCCUGAUUUUAAAUUCGACUGGCUUGUGGACGAAACGAAAAAAAAUAUUCCUAGAGAGCUGGACUUCACGCAAGAAGGAAGGAACGCCGAAAAAGUACAAGAGAUAUUUUCACAUUAUCAUUGGCUAAAAAUACCGAAGAUACACUGGGACAUAUCUUCGCGACGAGUAUUAACGAUGGAGUUUGUGGAAGGAGGUCAAAUUAACGAUUUGAAAUAUAUACGAGACAAUAAUCUGAAUCCAUACGAAGUCAGCAGUAAAUUGGGACGGCUUUAUAGUCACAUGAUCUUCAUUGUGGGUUUCGUACACUCCGAUCCACACCCUGGGAAUGUAUUGGUAAAAAAGAACAACAAAGAAGCGGAAAUCAUACUUCUGGAUCAUGGACUAUACGCGAAUUUAUCAAACGAAUUUCGAUGGGAGUAUUCUAAACUCUGGUUGGCGAUAUUCGACGGUGAUAAGUCUGCGAUGCAAAAGCAUUGUGCUAACUUAGGCGUUGCCGAUAUGUACGGAUUACUGGCCUGCAUGGUAUCCGGACGAUCGUGGAACACGAUUAUGGCUGGUGUUCAAAAAACCAAAUACGGUACGCAGGAGAAAGAAGAAUUUCAGAAGGAAAUACCAAACCUGCUACCACAAAUUAGCAAUGUAUUAGAUAAAGUGAACAGGCAAAUGUUACUGAUUCUUAAAACGAACGAUCUUAUGCGUUGCAUUGAAUAUUCGUUGAAAACUGAAUCGAGAAUGUCAGGAAUCAUGGAAAUGUCGAAAUGUUGCAUACACUCCGUAUACGACGAGAAGUUGAAAUUCUCCACAAGUAUGUGGGAGAAAUGUAGACUCUCCGUGUCUAAACAAUGGGCUCUUUUUAAAUUGUCGUUAUACUACAUAUACUUGGGAGCUAUUAAUUUUAAUAUACAAAAUUCUGUUGACUCGUAUAUGAACAAUGAAUUUUAUGCCUUUUAACGAUAUGUUUUCGUUUAGGAGAAAUAUUAAUUUAUCUAAAUUAAUUAUGCAACUGAUAAUAACAGAUGUUUAAAAA